AUGGCCCGCACUACAGAACCGCUGGCAAAGAAGAUCUUUAAAAUAGUUUUAGUAGCUGAAUUUGUGGGCGUUUCUGGAGCAUAUUUUCUGCUUAAUAAGAUGAACACAAGUCAAGAUUUCAAGCAAACAAUGAGCAAAAAAUUCCCCUUCAUCUUGGAAGCUUAUUACAAAUCCAUUGAGCAGUCUGGAAUGUAUGGAGUCAGAGAGCAAGAUGAAGAAAAAUGGCUGAAUAGCAAAAAUUAAGACCAGCCAUCACGUUCAGCCUCCCAUCUAAGCUAUUUGAGACCUUUGUGGGGAAGAAGAAAG